AGGUCGUGAAAGUGACGUAUGUACGUCAGUCAAUGUGGGCCGACCCGCGUAUCGUCGGUGAAGUUCUAAAAUUUCAGAAUUCGUUGCGUCGGGAAGAAGAUCGCUAACGUCACGAUACAAAAUCAUGAGUUUCGUUCAGUAAAGUCUAAGAGGGGUCCGCGAGCGAGGGAAGCGGCUCACUGUCGUAUGUUCGUAUACAUUGGUGUGAGAAAAAUUGCUGCCCGUAUACGUGUGCGUUAGGGUCCCGAUCAAUCUUCAAGUUCAUGACCCCGCGCUUAUUUGGUUAAUUGGAUUUAUUCGUGAUUGAAUCCACGCUGAAUUGAUAGCGUUUCGACAAUUCUUCUCUCGUGAGAUUCAACUCGGUGGUCACCUACGGGUGAACAGAGAUGGCCACCCCACAAACACCAGGUAUGGAUCCCUGGGUGAUCCAACCCAGGGAGCGUGCAAAGUACAGAGAGCAUUUUGAGUCUUUGAAGCCGAUUAAUGGUGUUGUCACUGGAGAACAAGCAAAAGAGUUUUUGCUUAAGUCUCAACUUUCACCUAAGAUACUCGGGCAGAUAUGGGCUUUGUCAGAUACAGAUGCAGAUGGUAAAAUGGAUAUAAACGAGUUUAGCAUUGCUUGUAAAUUAAUUAAUUUAAAAUUACGAGGCUUUGAAAUUCCCAAAGCAUUGCCACCAAUUCUGGUGCUGAGCUUAAAGACGCAUUCUGUUAGUGAUAAUAGUGUGUCAAAUUUAACAAAUGGAGCUGCCAAUAUACCCCCACACAAUAAUGUUGCUUCUUUAGUGAAUUUAACUGGGCCCCCACCAGUCCCGGUACAACCUUUAAUUGAUGGAAUGCCCAUGGCUGGAUCAAUUCCACGUCCUCUUAUAGGCCCACCACCAUCAAACGGACCACUACCUGGACAUCAAAUUAGACCAGCUUCACCAAUGACUUUACCAGCAUCACGACAAAAUAGACAGAAUGUGGCUGCCACUACACAUGCCACAACUCACACAGCGUCAAAGCCACCUGCUCGACCUGCACCACCCUCUGUGGGGGCAAAUUUUAUACCUGCUACUGCUGGUCCUCCACCGAAACCUGCACCACCUUCAUUUCCCAAUAGUCCAGUGGCAGCUGGAAUGUCACCAGUGAAAGUAUUACCUGUGUCUGCUACACCAGUGGUUCCUCCAGUUCAACCAAUACAACAAAUGACUACUUCUGCCAUGGAUUUACUUGAUUUUGAUUUACCAGGUAUGUCUGCAAUAGCACCAAUUGCUCCUUUAAAUACAAAUCCAACUCCAAUUGCUGCUUUCGGUAUGGGACAAGCAUUACCAAUGCAACCACUGUGUACUGCUAUGACUGCUCCAAUUGGUGGUUCUACCAUUGUACCAUCUGUUGCAGCAAUACCCACUGGAACUGGUGUAGUGUCAACUCCUCCAGUUGUAGGUUUACCCCUAGUAUCAUCAACCACAGCAAGUGGUGCAUUAGUAAACGGUGUAAUUGCUCAGACACCAGUGUCGACAAGCACACCAUUAAGUACAACAGCACGCCCACCAAGUAUAGAUAGAGUGGGUUCAGUUGAUUCACAACAUAGUCAGCAUAGUCAGCAUUCAGUGGGUUCUCCACAGUCUGUAGAAUGGGCAGUGCCACAUCAGACAAAAUUAAAAUAUACUCAGUUAUUUAAUACUUGGGAUAGAACACGAACUGGUUUCUUGUCUGGUCCUCAGGCUAGAAAUAUUAUGGUGCAAUCACAAUUGCCUCAAAAGACACUCGCAGAAAUAUGGGCGCUCGCGGAUAUGGAUUCCGAUGGUCGUUUGGGCUGCGACGAAUUUGUGUUGGCAAUGCAUUUAUGUGAUAUCGCUAAAGUUGGCGAGAAGAUACCUACUGCACUUCCAAUAGAAUUAAUUCCACCUGCGUUCAGACGUCAACGACAAAGCAGUUUAACACUUUCACAGGGUGGGUCAGAUAAUGUGGAUCCAUCAGCUGGAAUGCCACAGACUUCCUUUGAAGAUAAACGUAAAGAAAACUUUGAGAAAGGUCAAGCGGAGUUAGAGCGCAGGCGCAAAGCAUUAUUAGAAAUUCAACGUAAGGAACAAGAGGAGCGCGAAAGAAAAGAAAGAGAAGAAGCUGAAAAACAAGAGAAAAUUAGGUUAGAACAAGAAAGACGUAGGCAAGCAGAAAUUGAAAAGCAAAUGCAAAGGCAAAAAGAAAUCGAACAAGAGAAAGAAGAGCAACGUAAACGAGCUCAAGAACAAAGAGAAGCGGCACGGAAAGAAAUGGAGAGACAAAGGCAGUUAGAAUGGGAAAAACAAAAAUCACAAGAAUUACAAGCACAGAGGCAAAAAGAGCAGGAUGUAUUGCUUAAGUUGAAAGCGAAGAAUCAAACGUUAACGAUUGAACUUGGAACACUUAAUGAUAAAGUAAAAGAGUUGUCGCAGAAAAUUUGCGAUACUAGAGUAGGUGUCUCCGGUGUAAAAACAACUAUCGAUGGGAUGCGGUCAACUCGUGAUGCACAAUUACAAGAGAUGGCUGCCUUGAAGAACAAACUUCGUGAACACAACCAAAGAUUAUUAGCUUUGAGUCAAGAAAAGGCUCGCAUCGAAGCAAAGAACAAAAUGAACGCAGCUAUGGAAUCUGCUGGACAAGAGGCUAUUAAAAUGGCAUUUGACAAUAAGCAGAUCACCCUUAAGCAAAUGAAAGAUAAGAUAGCUGAUUUGCAACAACAGAUUGAAGCCAAAAUGGCUGACAUCGAAAAUAACAAUGGUCAACUUCAAGAUAUUAAGACACAGAUUCAAGAUUUAACAACCGAUUGUAAGAAUCUUUAUGUUUCAUUCGAAGAUAAAAAAUUAAAAGUCUUAGAGCUUAGAGCUGGUGGCGAUACCGGUGGUGGAACCGAUUAUACAUCUGCAUGGAAUGACAAUGCUUGGAAUGAUACUACUGAAACAGCUAAUGAUAAUACUUGGCCUGUUAGUGAUACCACUACAACUACCAUGGUAGAGGAAACUACUCCAGGAGUUAUGAAAUAUAGGGCUUUAUACGAAUUUGUAGCCAGAAAUCAGGAUGAGAUAUCAUUUCAGCCUGGUGAUAUUAUUUUGGUACCACCUGUUCAAAAUGCCGAAUCGGGAUGGAUAGCUGGUGAAAUUCGAGGUCACAUUGGUUGGUUCCCUGAGUCUUAUGUUGAACAGGUAGAUGCUGUAACAGGAAAUGACAAUGCUUUCAUACAGCAAGACAGCGUCGAGAAAAGGACUUUAGAAGGAAUAGCUGAAGUUCCUGAGAAUGUAUCCGAUGCUGGUUCAUUAGGUGGAGAACCUCCUAUUGUUGAACCUAUUACUCCUACUCUUGGACUAGGUAUAGCUUGUGAUGUCCAAGUAACAACUCUGUUUCAAUAUCGACCUACCAUUGAUCAACAUCUUACCUUUGAGAAAGGAGAUAUCAUUAAAGUUAUCGAACAGCAGGGUGAUUGGUGGUAUGGUACAUCUAGUACUGAAGCCAGUGGUUGGUUCCCCAAGUCAUACGUCAAAGAAAUUGCUUCCAAUCAAGCAGCAGUGGUUGAUGGUCUUAAUGAGUACUAUAUGGCUUUGUAUGCAUAUACCUCCACAGAACCUGGAGAUCUAACAUUCAAUCAAGGAGAAGUUAUAUUGGUCACUAAGAAAGAAGGAGAUUGGUGGACUGGUAGCAUAGGAGGAGAUAGAAAUGGAAUUUUCCCUGCUAAUUAUGUAGAAAAGUGUGAUGCCCCAGAACAGGAUACCUCUGUACUUACUAAUGUGACUGAAGCAGUUACGUCUGUUGAAACGACUAUGACGACUGAGCCGACGACAGACACAAUGACAACUAGCCAAGCAGCUUUGGUUAGUCAAGCAACGCUGCAAGAGGAAAAGACUGCUGAGCAGCUCGAAGAUGAAAGAUCAGCUGCUGAAGAUAGAGCAGAAUUGCCAGACUUUAGUGCAAUGGCAGCACAGCAGUAUGUUAAGCGGGGUAGGAAACCUGAGAUUGUACAAGUUCUUGCACCAUACCAAGCUACCAGUUCUGAGCAAUUAAAUUUACAGAAAGGACAGUUAAUAAUGAUACGUAAAAAAACAGAUAGCGGAUGGUGGGAAGGCGAAUUACAGGCACGUGGUAAGAAAAGACAGAUUGGAUGGUUUCCAGCAUCUUAUGUUAAACCUUUAACUAGUAGCAGCAAUCGAAGUACACCAGUUUCCCAUGGUUAUCAAGAUUCCCCAACAGAUCCAAAUGUUGAGCGCGUUAUGGCAUUAUAUCCAUACCAAGCUCAAAAUGAAGAUGAGUUAAGCUUUGAAAAGGGUGAUGUUAUAGUUGUAACCGCAAAAGAAGAUACAGCAUGGUGGAAAGGCGAAUUAAAUGGAGUAUCUGGUGUAUUCCCCAGUAAUUAUGUAUCAUCAAUGUCAAAUGAGAUGACAACUGACCUAACAUUUGGAUUGGAUGCCAUAGAAAGAAAGCGUCAAGAAUAUAUCAAAGAACUUAUUACAACUGAACAAGCAUAUAUAGAAGAUAUGAGACUUGUUCAUGAGGUAUUUGAAAAACCUCUUAUUGAGAGCUUGGUUUUGACUGUAGAUGAGGUGGACAAAAUAUUUGUUAAUUGGAGAGAUAUUAUUGCCUGUAAUGAAAACUUUUUAAGAACGUUGAGAAUACGAAGAGAUAACAGUGAAGGGGAAGUUGUAAGAAUGAUUGGAGACAUUUUGUGUGAAAAUAUACCCCGAAUGUCAGCUUAUAUCAGAUUCUGUAGUUGUCAAAUAUCUGCCGCUGUAUAUCUUCAACGACUAACCGAAACAGUGCCAGAAUUUGUUAAAGUGGCACAUACUUGUCAACAAGACCCCCGUACAAAAGGAAUGCCUUUAAGUUCAUUUUUAAUAAAGCCUAUGCAAAGGAUAACAAAGUAUCCUCUUAUUAUUGGCAAAAUUUUAGAACACACUUCGGUUGAACAUCCAGACAGACAAUACCUUCAAGAAGCAUUAGCUAAAGCGGAAGAAUUUUGUACUCAGGUGAACGAAGGAGUUAGAGAAAAAGAGAACAGCGAUAGAUUAGAAUGGUUACAAACUCAUGUGGCCUGUGAUGGUCUGGAAGAGCAACUUAUUUUUAAUUCUUUAACUAAUUCCUUAGGUCCGCGAAAACUUCUUCACUUCGGCAUCCUUCAUAAGGCAAAAAGUGGGAAGGAACUUGUUGGAUUUCUCACAAAUGAUUUUUUGUUAUUUGCUCAACCAACACUUCCAAAAAAAUCUUUCCCCAGUGGACAACAAUUCUCAUUUGAGAGAAAUGAACACCAAAAGUUUAAGAUGUAUAGGAAGCCAAUAUUUCUGAAUGAAUUGUCGUUCUUAGGAGACUCAGAUACAAAUGGAAGUGUUAAUAGUUUAAGUUGGGGAGAGGGUACAGAAAACUCAACAAAAAUACUCAGGUUAAGAGACCAGAAGAAACCAAUAAUAUUAUUAGCCCCGUCGUCAGGUGAAUGUUCUUUAUGGACUAGAAGAAUUACAGAAGCAAGAAAGAAAUUUUUGGAAAAUGAGAAGACUCGUUUACAAAGGCAGAGAUCAAAACUGGCACAGUUUGGAGCGUGUGGCAGAAUUCUCGUUACAGUACUUCAAGGUUUCAAUUUAAAGGCAACACCUGGAAAGUGCAAUACAUUCUGUAAAGUAAGUAUGGGUUCACAAGAAGAGAGAACAGGUGUUGUGUCAGGAACAGAUUGUCCUUUAUGGGAUGCCUCAAUGCAAUUUCAAGUGAAGGAUGUACUUGAAGACACUCUCUGUAUCACAGUAUUUGAUAAAGGCUAUUAUAGUCCUGACGAAUUUUUGGGUCGAGCAGAAAUAAGGGUUGCAGAUAUAAUGAGGGACAGUAGGGAUUCAUGUGGACCAAUCCAAAAACGCAUUCGCUUACAUGAAGUUGAAAAAGGUAUCGUUGUGUUGAAACUGGAUCUACGAUUAUUUGGCAAUCGGCAGAAGGACAUUUCGUUCACAGGUAAACAGACAAUAUAGUUUGUAUAAUUCAUAUAGUUUUGAUAUAGUUUGUAUAAUUCAUAUAGUAUGAUUUCAUACAUAGCAAGAAUUGUUUUCUUUAAGAAUAAUUACACACUUAUGCUAGGUUUAUGUAAUUGAUGAUACUAGAUAGAGAUCCAUUUUUAUAAAAGUAUUUAUUAUACGUUAGAAAACUUGUUAAGUAAGGAUUACCUGAUACGAUCUUCGUUAUAUGGGACUGGUAUCCAAUGCAAUUCUGGGAAUUAAUUUAUUAAAUAAAUAUUUUUUUUAUUUUUCAUACUUUACAUAUCAUAAGAAAACCAAGAAUGAAUCGUUCAUGUUUAGUCUUCCUUAGAGGUAGUUAUUUAAAUUCUUGUCAAACUACAGUAUUAUGUAAGAAAUUUAUAUAAGAACGCGAUAUUUGUAAUUUUACAAAUAGAUAUAUUGUUAUUAUAACAAUGAUAGUAUAUAAUAAAAAAGCAUUUAUUUUUUGUAUUAAAUAUUAUUUAAAAAAAUGUGGAGCAUUUAAAAGGGCAUUAGUAUAAAUAAAAUGAACACAAAGUAAAUAAUUUAAGAAUGAUUUAUUGCAUGAAUACUUAUGAUAUAAGUGCAAUUAUUAACGACAGUUUUAAUUACGACAACAAGUUUGCGAUAAAAUAAAUAGUUUAAUGUACACCGUUCAUUCAACAACUGUGACUAUGCGAAAAUGCGUAAUGUAUAAAUACGUAUUGACAUGUACAAAAAAUGACGAUGUGUAUUCUGAUGAUAU